UUGGAAAUCUUCAGGUGGUUGUUGAGCGUCUCACUUGUUUUGUUGCAUGGGAAAAGCGGUCUUGAACUCUGCCAAAUAAACAACACAUAUUUCGAUUAAAGAAGUCCCAUCAGCGGAACAACUGAUUGGAUUGAUAAGGCUGGCACCUGGGAAUGUCUUCAGACCGGUUUCACAAAGCCGCCAAAGAUGGGCUGCUGGACGUGCUGUCGGCGGCCACACGCAAGGAUACGAAUGCCAAGGACAGUGACUCGAUGACGCCGGUUAUGUGGGCGGCCUUUGAGGGACGUCUGGAUGCACUUCGCCUACUGUGUGGCAGAGGAGGUGACCCCGAUAAAUGCGACCAAUUUGGCAACACAGCCUUGCACUUGGCCUCGGCCAAGGGGCAUCUGCAUUGCGUUGACUUCUUGGUCAAGUUUGGCGUCAACAUUUACGCCUUGGACAUCGAUAAGCACAGUGCCAAGGACCUGGCGGCCAUUAACGGGCGGGACGAGAUCCUGCGCUACUUGGACGCGGCCACCGCCCAAUUCGAGGCCAAUGAAAAAAAGAAAUCCAGGGCUUUGAGGGAGCUGGCCGAGAAGAACUGCGAGAAGCGAGUCCGUGAUUACAUGAAGCGUCAGCAGCAGCGGCAGGACACCGACUACUGUGAUGCCAGUCCACCAAACGCACCGAGCUACGGCACCAGCAAGUCCAGCAACAUGCUGUCCACGCUCAAGCAGAAGAUCUGGUCCAGCCAGGGUAACUUAAACAAGACACCGCGCGACACAGCCCCAGCCACUGCGCCGACAAAGUUCAGCGAUCUGGUGGGCAGCGGGAGCAGCAGCAGUGGUGGCUCCACCAUAGCCAGCCGUGUGGGAACCGUACAAAAGAGACCCUCGCACUUGCAGAGGCAACACACCAGCGCCUGUCCCCACGCGAAGGUGGCUGGCGACGGAGGCUUCAAAGUGCGGGAGCUGGAGCCGGAUGGUAAGCGGACCAUCACCUCGCUGACGGGCCUGCAGCGGGACUCGGAGGUGCUGUACGUGGGCACCUUUAGCUCCACCGAAGAGAGCGUUGGCAAGCGCGGAAAGAUCACGGACGUAUUCGAGGUGGAGUCGAGCAUCGACGAGCCCGACCACAACGAAAACCGCAUCGGCUACAGUUCGGCGCUGUCGCGUUCCUUCUCCCAACCGGAUAUUCUUGGCGAUAGCCCCUUGACGCAGGAGCUGAGCGAUGAUCUGGGUCGCCAGAGACCCGUCGGCCUCUUCGACAGACCCACUAUGCUGGGCAGCAUUGCAUUCAGACGCUCGGUGACGGCGGCUCUCAGCCAACUCCAGCUGCACACAGACACCAGCUCAACAUCCACCAUGCGCAACGCUGGCGCCGGCAACGGCAGUCACGCCAAGGCACGUUCUGGCGUCAGCAAGGGGCGCUUGUACCUGAAUCUGUCCGACGACACGGACUCCGAGGGCGGCGGGAAUGAUAUUUACAGCGAAGAUGAGGACGACGACCAGGAUCAGGCCAUGUGCAGUGCCCUGCAGCGGUUCCUGGCUGUCUGGGCCCUGGAAGAGUACCUGCCAGUAUUUCAAAAGCAAGAGAUUGACUUGGAAACGCUGAUGCUACUUACAGAGGGGGACAUCAAAUCCCUCGGAUUGCCGCUGGGACCCUUCAGAAAGCUCACCUUUGCCAUCCAGGAGCGGCGCAACGCCUUGGCAAAUCCUGGUCCCAUGCUAGACAGUCGCCUCUAGGUCGUAGCGUAAUUUUAAUGUAUUCCACUUGAAUCUAAUAUAUUUUGCAUAUAUGUAUGUAUGUAUUUCGAAUCACA